AGUGAGCCCCGCCUCUACUAAUAAACAAGAUGGCGGCAGGCAGCAACAAAAAUCCUUUUGACGAAGACGAGGGAGAAGAAGACCUUCCCGAGUCUCCUCCUAUUCCUCUGCACUCCACACUCAAAGGAGAAGUAGAUCUGCCAGGAGAGAUGGAGGAAAAGACAAAGAAGUUUGAGGAUAUUGCCGGCUGGCUGCUCUCCGAGGGGCUGAUCCUCACAUGCCUUGAGCUCCACACCGAGCUACUAGAGAGUGGGAGACAGAUACAGGAGCUCAAAGACUACUUUUCCAAUCCGGGGAACUUUGAGACUGCAAUACCACAGCCUCUUAAAUCCGAUUUGUUACGUACUCCAAGUAUGUCUACAUUCGAUUCACUGGAGCUAGGACGUGUCUCUGAUGACGGCAGAGAUAAUGACGAGAGAGUGGCAGUGCUAGAGUUUGAGUUGCGUAAAGCUUACGAGACAAUUAAAUCAUUGAGAGGUAGUCUAACAAAAGCAUCCGACAUCACCACAAGACAAGAAGUGGGAGAGGAAACGGUGAAAUUUGCUGAAUCAACAGAGCCGAUAAAGCCUCACGAGAAAAGAGCCCUCAAUUUUCUCGUUCACGAAUAUUUGAACGAAACGUCAAACAAACUGACAGCCAUCACACUUUCAGAAGAGAACAGUGAUCAGAAUUUUGAAGACUGGGAUGAUGUAGGUCUGAACAUCCCAAAGCCUCCGUCUCUCUUGAAGCAAUUCCGCCAUUAUGAUAGCAUCUCUCUGGUAGGACAGGAGCAAGUGAACAAAAUAACACUAUUGGAAAAAGAGAUACAAUCACUGAAUAGCCAGUCCCUUGCAUUGAGAAGAGAAAAUGAAUCCUUGAACUUGAAAAUAAAGAAGCUAAAUGUGUUCCAGUCUUUUGAUGAAGUCAGACAGGCUCCUCCUCCAUCCCGUAAAGCUUAUACUCCUGAUCUCACUCGCAGCUCUCAUCAUCGUAACGCCUCCGACACGCCCGUAGUCUCCUCUUUGACCUUUGAUAUGUCGCCUUGUAGGUCCCCGUCCGACCUAACAGAGAUUCAAAAUGACUCUGUUGUGGGUGUGGCAAGCUCUGAAACCACGCCCCUAGCAGAGAAGCGUGAUGACACUGGUACAGAUGACGUUGAUGUAAAGACUGAUCAUGUUACUACCAACGGUGAAGGGUUGGGCGGAGCUAAAGAGAGAGCCACACCCUCCGAAGAGACUCUAACUAGCAAUACAUCAACCAAUGAAAUGACGAGCAAUAAAGUGACAGCUCCUCCCCUUGCCACACCCCCUGCUUCUAAUGUAGUCGAUAGUAUUAAGAAGCAUCACAUGUCUUUGUUAUUUCGGCAAGAGUUACUUGACACGAUGUCUCAGCUGAGCGGAGUGGAAUCAGAGAUAAUGUCUGAGAUAUCAAAUCUUGCUGAUCCCGACUUAAAUGUCAUUGAUCUGUUCAGCAGGAGAUUACCCGAUGCUGUUGAAAACACAAUACUGCCUAAAAGAGAGGGUCUCAUUCCGAUGUUACUUUGUGUCAUCAAUCAUCAAACCAAUGCCCGUGAGAGAGACAAGCUAUUGAAUAUGCUAUUUAAUUUGAUAAAGCGACCCACCAAAGAGCAACGUCAAAUGAUAAUCACAGGUUGUGUGGCGUUUGCUCGCUUGAACGGCUCAUCUAAAGUAGAGGCCGAGCUCUUCCCUCAGAUAUGGGAGCAGAUUAAUCACAAGUAUUACGAGAGGAGACUCCUCGUUGCUGAGUCCUGCGGGGUUCUCUCUCCUCAUAUUUCUUCAGAGCUACGUAGCUCUUUGGUUCUUUCGAUAAUCCAGCAGAUGCUGGCUGAUGAUAAAGCAGAGAGUGUUCGUGAGGCACUGGUCAAGUCAUUGGCUGUAUUGGUAGCAUUUAUUGAUGAUGAAGAUAAAUUUAAAACAUGUUGGGAGUUGUGCUUGCGUUCAUUGAAUGAUUCAAGUCAAAUAGUGACUACAGCAUCUCUCACUGUCCUCCUCCCAGCCCUGGCUGCGUGGUCCUAUGAACUGGAUAAACUAGAGUCUGACAUAGUCUCUUAUUUCUUGUCACAAUUAUAUACAUGCAUCAAGCAAGUAUCAAGGUCAGAGGGUGAGAGUGGAGCUACUGAGAGAUGCCAGCAAUACCUUGUUACACUAACUCAUCUAGUACCAUGGCACUAUACAUCUGUUCUAUCAUCAGGUCCUUAUGUUCAAGGGAUCGAUGGUGCUUCUUUGGAGCCCAAAGAAACUCAGUUUCCUCAUCCUUUCUCUAGACUGCUUGACAUUAAUGUUAUCAUUGGUAGUGAAUCUCGCCUCCGUUUGCUGGUAGCUGGCUUGGAGAGAGAAAUAAACAAGAAAGAAGACUCGUGGUCGUCCUGGAAGAAACUGGACUGGUUUCAGGAGGAAUGUUUAAGAUACCUAGUAAAGUCAGCAGAGACACUUGGUUUCUCUCAGCCCGAGCUCCUCCAUUCUCUCUCUGUAUUACUCUCUGCCUAUUGUGCUUACUUCGGACAUGCUUUCACUCAUAAGAUGAUUAAACCUUUCUUCCAAUCUGUCAUGAACUCCAGUCAAUCUUCUAAAGACCAGUCCUCACUCGUCUCGUCAGUCCUACUACCUUUUUAUAUCUCCGGUGUACUCACUGUGUUCCCUGAGGACGAGAGAGAGUUGUCGUCAUAUUUGCAAGAUGUCAUAGUGAACGUGUCUCUCUCCUACUCCUCCAUUGAGAGUGUCCGGCUCUCAGUACUAGAGCUUAAGAGGGAGAGAAAACUCCACCCAUUAAUACUCCGCCUUCUCAGCUCACUCUCCAAACACUCGUCCAUGCAAGUCCGUCGAUAUACGGCCAUCUUGUUAGGGGAAAUGAUAUCCGGCGUUGACGAGAAGCAAAUCAGUUUGCACGUUUUGACGACUUUGUUGAGACUCUCAACUGAUAGAGAAACGAAUGUGAAGACAGAGACUAUUGAUAGUUUAGGGACAAUAAUGGAAACCUUGUCAAAGAGAGACGUACUUAAUCAAGUCCAUCGUCAGUUUGAGCAGUUUGUCAAUGACAAGGAGACCAUUAGUGACUUCCUCAUGUACACUACAAUCCUUAAGACUCUAGCUAGGAUCUCACCUAAUGCCGACCCUGUCUUCAGAGAUGAGUUUAUUAUACCGUUCUUUAUGGAAGCAGCUGCUACUAAUAAUUCUGCUCCUAAUGCCACUCAGCGCCGCGACAUUGCCGCUAUACUCCUUGGGGCCUACAAGAGUCUCUCGGGAUGCUUUGUAUCCAUUGAGCUAUUGUCCACUUACUUCCUACCGGGACUAAAAUCACUAUUGAUAGAUAUCCAGGUCGUUGAUCAAGGAAAUAUUCCUACAGUUGAAAACUUGAUUGAGGAUGUUCAAGGAAGAAUAGUCACUCAUCAGAAAAACUUGAGUGAGGCAACUGGAGGGUCCACGCAAUCAGGUAACAAGUUUCUUGGGAAAAUUAAAGAUAUUGAAUUUACUCCGCCAAAAAUGAGCUUCUCGUUCAAAAAGAAGAACUAGAAAUGAUGGUUAAUGAAUUUUAAUUCAUAUUUAACUUUUAAUUAUUAUGGCUGCAAAUUUAGUUUAUUUUUUACGCAACACUGACAUGAUUUAUGAUUAAUAAAAUAAUUAAUUAUACGUCUUUA